CCCGCCCACAAAACGCACGGCUGGGAUGGCCAAGGCAACGCAGCAGCCGAGUCCGGCCACGACUCCGUCCCCGCCGGCACGACGGACCCGCGGACGAAGCAGCACGUCGGACGCUGCGGAAGGUGACAGCAACAACGGCGAUGACAGUGACGGCAACUCGACGGGCCGCCGACGCCGCGGAAAGAAACCGACCAAGAAACGCAAGUUGGACAAGCAAACCAAGCCAAAACGAAAGCCACGCACGGACGAAGACGACGGUGGCAACGACGACGACGACGACGAUGGAUCGGUCGUCGCGGAUCUCUGCGAAGUGUGCAACAUCAACGAGAACGACGAACUGUCGCUGAUAUGCGACGCUUGCGACAAAGUCUUUCACACGUACUGCUUGAAUCCACCGUUGGAGCAUAUCCCGCCAGGCGAUUGGGUCUGUCCCCAAUGCCUCCAUACCAAGACCCCAGAUAAUCCGCAAAAACCAGCCGACGAACCGGUACACGCGCGUGCCACCGCGACAUCGCCAUCCUGUUCGUCGAAUCGAACGUCUCCUGCCAAGACUCCAACGUUUCCUUCGUCGUCGAGUGGUACACUCGUGCAUCGGUCGCCACGGCGCUUGACAGCUUUGGCUCCGUCACCGGCACCGAGACCGUUGGCCCCUGCUCCGGCGGCGCCCCUCCGCUCGAUUCUACCUCAGCAGCAACUGCAGCCGUCGUCUACGCCGCAACACCCGUCUAUGACACCUGCAUCGUCGACCAGUGUGCCACCGCCAGCGUUCCACCACCACCACGACGACAUGAAUCCGCAUCCGUCCCGCCAAUCUCCUCGACGUUCGUCGUACGAUGCCAUGAAGGACCUUCAAGAACAGAACCAAGUCCUUCAGCGAGAAAACCAAAAGCUCAUGGAGUACAUCGAUCGGCAGAAUCGUCGGAUGGACGAGCUCUUGCCACUGGAAGAGGCACUACGCUCCAUGCAGUACAAGUACCGAAAACUGGAGGGCCAGCUCGUGGAAGCGCAAGCACAAUUGAGCUCGACCGCCGCCUCCCACGCAAGCGCGGGGUCUUUCUCGUCGCACAGUGUGUUGCCCAAGUACACUCCUCAGCCGAGUCCUUACCUCCCACGACCGGAUGAAGGGCCGCCUGACUACCGCCCGACCUCGUCAUCGAGUGGUCACUAUGACAUGCGUGGCAGUAGCCACCACCAUCCUCUCCGCCGAAGUACCGAUUUUCCGCAUCAACCGUUCCGGCACACCGAAUCUGACUACGCUGCGCGCGCGCACCACGCCGAUGAACCUCCUGCUGUUCGAGGCCACCAUCUCCAGCCACAGCAUCUCCAUCACCACAGUCGCUACGUCAAGGGCAGUAGACAAAACGAUGUGUCAUACUACCGUGACGCCAAGCCCCCGGCGUCCAGAGACUUUUCAACGCCUCAGUAUCAUCACCCGUCAUCGUUGCCGUACUCCCAACCCCCUAUAUACCAAAAGAGCAACCUUGGCUCAACAUCCAAGCACGCCCAGUCAUCGUAUGCUUCAUCGUCCCAUCAUGCGCAGUACCCACCCCCGUCUACGGCGCACCUCCGAGGCUCCGAUAUGGACAAUUACAGCUCGCACUCGCAGCUGCCUCCCCCAUCUUCCUACUACCGCCCCCACAGUCACCAUCCCCCCUCGGCGGCUCCAAGCAACCAAGCCGACUCGUUCUUGCCCCGUCCACCUCUCCCGGAUCGGUCGUCGGCACCGACGUCGUCCCAUGCCGCCGCCGACUUGCCGAAAGUUGCGAUUCCUGUCUAUAGCUCGGACGAAGACGACCGUCCCCACCAUCAGCACCACGACCACGACGACGAUGCUGCCAACGUCCUCAACUCGAUGAAACGAACGGAAGCCUCUUCGGAACGGUUAAACUUGUUGACCCCUACAGCCAACGAUGCAGCGAAUGCUGCGGCAUCGACGCUCGCGAUCCUGAAGCCGACCAACACGACCGAGGAAGCGCCGUCGGCCCAUCGAAUUGGACUGUACACGCCGCGAAGUCGGCGGCUCAUGCUCGAUCGAUACCUGCUCAAGCGAUCCAAGCGCUUGUCACGGCACAAAUGGUUCAAGUACCCCGUGCGAAAAACGCUGGCCGACACAAGGCCGCGGGUCAAAGGCCGCUUCGUCAAGCACGAUCUCGUUGAGGACGAAGAAGGCGACUUGUCGUCGUCGCCGAAAAAGACACCGUCCGAAUCUCCCCACAGGACCAAGAGCGAAGACUUUGAGACCAACAAGUCCGACUUUGACUACAUACAAGCGUUUGCUCUGUGUGUGAAGGAGACCAAGGACGCUGUCGACAAGGUCGUACUCGACAUUUUGCGCAACAAGCAGCGCAAGGGCGAGCUCGUGUCGUGGGACUCGUAAGCUGUGCGACUGCCGCGACCCGUCCUCAUGGUUGUUUGGUCUGUUUUUAGAUGGACAAUGAGUUUGGAAGGGUCGUUGACGUCGCUGCUGCCGAAAGAGUACGUGGCGUCUCCGUUCCCCGCCAUUUUUGGCGAGCUCGUGUACAUUUUGGGCGAUGCCGAAGAAGAUUGCAACCAGGAAAAUUUUUGCCGAGCCCUCCAAGCGGGCGCGAUUUACGUCGCAGUCUGUUUGAGUUUUUUCACCGCGACCCACUCGCCCAAAUCGUACGAGAGCCGUAUCUCGCCCAUCUUGAGCCACUACAGCCAGACAACCAAGAAACUCUGGCAAGAAGAGCCGCAUGUUCAGAAGAAGCACACGUUUGCCAUGAUGAAGUCGAUCGUAGACGGCAUCGCUGGCGUCAUCGCCGUCGGGUAUCACGACGGCAAACAGUACCUGAAGCCCGUGUCCGUGGCCGAACUGCUCGUGGAUGAGACGGCGUCGGAAGGCAGCGCAAGUUCGCAUUAACGUCGGACGGACGAGUGAAUCCUAUGGUAAUAUUAUUCAUGCCGAAUUGGUGUGUGCACA